GGCUGCGUGAAAGAAAGAUAUGCUAAAUAAAGAUUGAUUGGUCUGAAUCCUGAAAGGGUCUCCCACUUGUUAAUGACCCAGGGAGGAAAAAAAUUCAUGAUGACUUCACUGGGCCUCCUCUUAUUUCUUCCAUUUUUCUUUACACCUGUCUUCUCUGUGGAAUGGAGCAUCACCACAUAGAGCAAAAAAUAUGCUGUGCCUCUAAUAAUGACUGUGCUGUCAGGGGUUGUUAAACAGUUUCAUGCUUGAGACUCUUAAAGUUGAAAUAUUUACAGAAUAAUGUUUUGCUUGUUUGGAUUACUGAGGAACUGCAGCUCCAUCCCUGAAAGGAUUUUAUCCUCAGCACGCACUGAUUAAGCUAUUUAUCUUCAAAAAUGGCAGUGUGCAGGGUAGAAGGGAUCAGGACCCAUAUGUCAAUGGUCUAGGAUGGCCAGUGAAGGCUCCAACAUCCCAAGUCCUGUGGUGCGACAGAUUGACAAACAGUUUCUGAUUUGCAGCAUAUGCCUGGAACGUUACAAGAACCCCAAAGUACUUCCCUGUCUGCACACUUUCUGUGAGAGGUGCUUGCAGAAUUACAUUCCAGCCCACAGUUUAACCCUUUCUUGCCCAGUGUGCCGGCAGACCUCCAUUCUGCCAGAGAAAGGGGUUUCUGCACUCCAGAACAACUUCUUUAUCACUAACCUGAUGGAUGUCCUGCAGCGAACGCCAGACAACAGCAUCGAAGAGUCCUCCAUCUUGGAGACUGUCACAGCUGUUGCUGCAGGAAAACCUCUCUCCUGCCCCAACCAUGAUGGAAAUGUGAUGGAAUUUUACUGCCAAUCUUGUGAAACAGCCAUGUGCCGGGAAUGUACAGAGGGAGAACAUGCAGAACACCCCACUGUACCUCUGAAGGAUGUGGUAGAACAACACAAGGCUUCACUACAAGUCCAGCUGGAUGCUGUCAACAAAAGACUUCCAGAGAUAGAUUCUGCACUUCACUUCAUAUCCGAAAUUAUAUGUCAGUUAGCCAACCAAAAGGCUAGCAUUGUAGAUGACAUUCAUUCCACUUUUGAUGAACUACAGAAGACUUUAAAUGUGCGAAAGAGUGUGUUGCUUAUGGAACUGGAAGUGAAUUAUGGCCUUAAACACAAAGUCCUACAGACACAGCUGGAUACCCUGCUGGAAGGACAAGAGAGUAUUAAGAGUUGCAGCAACUUUACAGCCCAAGCACUCAACCAUGGUACUGAAACUGAAGUUUUACUGGUUAAGAAGCAAAUGAGUGACAAGCUGAAUGAGCUGGCUGACCAGGACUUCCCUCUGCAGCCCCGUGAAAAUGACCAGCUGGACUUCAUAGUAGAAACAGAAGGAUUGAAGAAAUCCAUUCACAACCUGGGUACUAUUUUAACCACUAAUGCCGUAGCAUCUGAAACAGUUGCCACAGGUGAGGGGCUGAGGCAAACUGUGAUUGGACAGCCUAUGUCAGUUACCAUAACAACCAAGGACAAAGAUGGGGAGCUGUGUAAAUCUGGGAAUGCUUACCUCACUGCUGAACUGAGCACACCUGAUGGGAGUGUGGCGGAUGGAGAAAUACUUGACAAUAAAAACGGCACUUACGAAUUUUUGUAUACUGUUCAGAAAGAAGGGGACUUUACUCUCGCACUGAGACUUUAUGAUCAGCAUAUCAGGGGCAGUCCAUUUAAACUUAAAGUGAUCAGAUCAGCAGAUGUGUCCCCUACUACCGAAGGAGUUAAGAGGCGUGUUAAGUCUCCUGGCAGUGGCCAUGUGAAGCAGAAAGCUGUGAAAAGGCCUGCUAGUAUGUACAGCACUGGCAAAAGAAAAGAGAAUCCUAUUGAAGAUGACUUGAUCUUCAGAGUGGGUACAAAAGGAAGAAACAAAGGAGAAUUUACAAAUCUUCAGGGGGUAGCUGCAUCUACAAAUGGAAAAAUAUUAAUUGCAGACAGUAACAACCAGUGUGUACAGAUAUUUUCCAAUGAUGGCCAAUUCAAAAGUCGUUUUGGUAUAAGAGGAAGGUCUCCUGGCCAGUUGCAGAGGCCCACAGGAGUGGCUGUGCAUCCUAGUGGUGACAUCAUUAUUGCAGACUAUGAUAACAAAUGGGUUAGCAUAUUUUCAUCAGAUGGAAAAUUUAAGGCAAAAAUUGGAUCUGGAAAACUUAUGGGACCAAAAGGUGUUUCCGUGGAUCGUAAUGGGCACAUCAUUGUUGUGGACAACAAAGCAUGCUGUGUAUUUAUCUUCCAGCCAAAUGGAAAAAUAGUAACCAGGUUUGGUAGCCGAGGAAAUGGGGACAAACAGUUUGCAGGUACACUUGACGGUCCUCAUUUUGCAGCUGUAAACAGCAACAAUGAAAUCAUUGUUACAGAUUUCCAUAACCAUUCUGUCAAGGUAUAUAACCAGGAAGGAGAAUUCAUGUUGAAGUUUGGAUCUAAUGGAGAAGGCAAUGGACAGUUUAAUGCUCCAACAGGAGUAGCUGUGGAUUCUAAUGGAAAUAUUAUUGUAGCAGAUUGGGGAAACAGUCGAAUACAGGUUUUUGAUGGAAGUGGAUCUUUUUUAUCCUACAUUAACACAUCUGCUGACCCACUUUAUGGUCCCCAAGGUCUGGCGCUAACUUCAGAUGGCCAUGUUGUAGUUGCAGACUCUGGAAAUCACUGCUUCAAGGUCUAUCGAUACUUACAGUAACAGUGGGCUCUGGAGCUGCCUGGCCCUUAACAAACGACUGGUUUAAUCGAUCUCUCUGUGGGGGAUGUGUACUUUAAUUAUUUUUUAAUGCUGAAGGAGUCUCCAGUGGACUUUUCAUGUUUAUUUCCAAACUUACCUUGUUUACAUAGGACUUGCACUUCUUAUGUUCCUCAUUGAAUUUAUUGUACGGGUUAAUAAACAAAACCCUCCUUUGCUGAAUUCAUUAGGACAACAAAAUAUUAAACAUGUGAACUGCAGCUUGUGGAACAGAAAUUUAAGUAGUUGACUAAUUUUGCAAAUAAAAUAAAAUGAAAAUAUCUAAACUAUUUGAAGGGGUUUAUUUAACCUGUGAAGGGUAGCUCCCAUUCAGAACUUCCAAAUUUGAAAAGUGUCAUUGUUAUGCAUUAUUUAGCCCAACAGUGAAGACUGGGAGUCUUUUAGAUCUCAUUAUCAUGGUAGGUAUUGCACAUGUAACAUUCUUCAGUCUUAGUAACUAUAACAAAUAGGCUCUGUUAGUAAAGAUACAAGGUUAAGUCAUGCAAAAUCCUUCCAGCUCUAUUUGCCAGACCUAACACAGCUCAACUUUUAGUAUUAUACCAAUCAACGCAAAUGUCUUACUCUUUGUGAGAUUAAUGAAGGAUUGUUUCAUGUGCUUGUCUCCAACCCCUCCUACUGCUCAGUGUGUUGUAAGCUCUUUCUAGAGACCUAACAUUUCCACAGCUUUGGAAAAAGUGCACUGUAAUGAUACAUUAGUUACUGCUGACUUUCUGUAGAAUGACAGAUCCAUUAACACCAAACAAAGUCAUUAGAAUCAGGGUCAUUAUAGUGUCAUAUCCUCAUGUAUGCAAUUCUUCCAUACAUGUUCUUUGGCAUACUUUCUAAAGGCAACUCCGUAUAUUCAUCAACAUAUCACACAGGACAGACAGCCACACAGGUACUCCUUUGGAGGACCUACAUUGUACAACCAAAGGAACUGUGGCUAACAAAUGUUGUAUGGUGAUAGCCAAGGGUUAUCAAAGCUAUUUAACUCAAGAAAAGUACAUUACAAAUAAGAGUGAAUUGAACCAAUUUCCGAAGUCCUUAGUCAAUGAGGUGUUUUUCUGAAGACAAAAUAAGGACUGCAGGAUUUGUCCCAUUAUGUAUGUAUGUGUGUGUGUUUGUUUGACACAGGAAUAAAGAAAGUAAGUGUCAGUGAUUUCAGCAAGCCAUUUGAGGAUGGCAACACUCUAAAAACGGGUCCCCCUCACAAUCUCUACUAUACUUCUGAAACUCCAAUUUAAUUUAAAAUGCUUAGUCAUAUGACUUAUUUAAAUAAAGCCAAAUUUUGUAUUUUCCUGUGUAUAAUGUGAACCUGCCCAUUUUAAGAAGCACUAAUUUUAUAAGGAAUUGUAAAGUCGAGUCUCAAAAGAUGUUGAUACUGUUCAGGAAUACAGGGUCAUGCCCUCUCUUGACCCUUUGCAGAGAGGCUGUGGUCAGUAUGGUGCCAAUGGCUGAAAUAAUCUUGGAGUAGUACCUUUUCUUUAUUUAGGAAUUUUUUAUUUUGUUAAAAGAGGAAAGUAGAUGGGGGACCAUCUUAAGUAUGUCGGCAAAAUUGAAGUUGAUUUUUGUUAAAUUACUUGUAUUAUUUUGUUUCUAACAAGUUAAAUCUGUUGUUUCAAGCUUUCUUGAGAAAUGUGCAUAACAUCAAUUUUCCAUAAAGAAGCAGACCUUGAAAAUCGGUAAUAACAUUUUCUAAAUUUUAAAAACCAAGCAAGUAUUAUCAAGAGGGCAAGGUAUUUUGUGUUUGAACUUAGUUUGUCCUAAAAUUCUGCAAGAAGGCUAGAGUUCCAUCCAUUAUUUCACUAUGAAUUAUCCUCUUAAACUUCUAGAUCCUUCUAGAAGGAUCCUUCUAGCCAACACUGACACACAAUCACUCUGUCAUUGGAGCACUUGGAAAACUAUUAACAUACUAAGGAAAAAGAAUAUUCUAUAUGUAACAUUUCAACUGUAUUUAUUAACCAAAAAAAAAGUUCCAUCUAUUUUCUCUGUUAAGGCCUUGAAUAAAAUUUUACAUCUAUUGCUGUAGGUUAUUUUUAAAGGACGGUAUUAAUUUAACCCAAAAUUUAGAUUUUUGUAAAAAAUAUUUUUACUAACGUUUAGAUAAAUGGAAGAGUUUUCAUGGAAAGAAGGGAAAGUGGGGAGGGGAAUCAGUACAGUCCAAAUCCUCCAUUGACACAGAAAUUCUGAGGCCCACAGAGAUCAGUCCUUAAACAGUGUGUUGAAAAAGUUCUAUAAAACACAUACUCAAGAUACCAUUUCAUAUGUAUGUACAUUGUUCCUCUAAAGAUGUUCAGAAAAUAAGAGUUCUUUUGAUCUGAUAUUAAUUAAUAAAUAAGGCUUUAAUUUAUCUAUGUCAAUCUGUCAUAUCUUGAUGAAAUAUGGAACUCUUACAUAAUCCAUUUACUAACACAUUAAAGGGAUGUGGCCUUCUCCUUCUAGAUCCUUGUUCAUUUUUUUUGUUGAGUUUUCAGAACCUGUGAUCAAUGCAGCACCCACUGAUGCUGACCAGUGCUGGCAACUGCCCCUAAUCUGAAUUCAGCUUACACAGCAAAUACUUCCCAAUUGCAGUUUUAAAUUCAGUGAUAGAUAUCAUGCAGUCCCUUUACACUGCCAACCUUAUCUUCUCAGAACAAGACAACUGAGAAACGUGUUGUUUUCACAGUGUGCUUUUGAAACCUGGUCAGCUAAAACACUUGGAUAAAAGACCCUAAAGACAGCAAUCAUGGUAGAAAUUUAGUAAUAUUUUAUGGUGACAGAUUCUUUUCUCUUCCAAUUAAGUAACUGCCAGAAUUGCACUAUUAGGUCUACUGAGCUAUUAGCAUCUAUCAAAGGCUCCAGGUAGAACACGCCUCCUGUACUGCUAUGUACACCCUAACUGUUCCAUUGACUUCAGUGGAAUGCUAGGAGAUUGGCAACACAGCAGAGGAGUGAUGGAGGUAUGAGUUCUGUUUAAACUAUGAAAGUAAUGUCAGAUGGUUUUCUGGGAGUUAUGUUAUCUGCAGUAUUUUAGGACAAACUAGUGGACUAUAUAUUUAUUACUUUUUCUUCCAUUUCAAAAAUUAUCUGUUCAGUUAAAUCCUGAACAAACACUAAUGCAUUUUUUUACAUUGAUUAAGUUUCAGCAAUGUAACUGAAAAGGAAAAUGAAGAUGGUUUGAGGCAAACAUUGUCUAAUGGUGUUUGGAGACUUGUUAAUUAGUAAAUGCUGGUAUGUUCUGUAAAAGUUACAGGGCUUUCAACUUUAUAAUUGUGUUAAUAUUUUUUUAUAACUAUAAGGAUCUAGUGUUGCCAUAAUGAAAACUAUAAGUGCCCAGUAAGUUUUAUGUUAUAAGGAAAUUAUUUUUGUUUAUGGAUGACGACAAGUUAUGAAGUCAUGAUAUACAUUCAGAACUUUCUUGAAGAUGAAUUGUGAGCAGUGAUUAUUUGGUCUGUUUGUGGAGAUUAUAUGAAAGAUAUUUGUACUUAGAGUAGGAUGAUCCUAAAUUUGGUUAUGAUAUUUCUGAUGAAUUUACAGCACUUCAGUUAAUGUUUGUGAGCAAAACAGCCUUAACCCUGAUGCUUUUGCUUUAUGACAUGGGAAUGUUCCAUAUUUUGCAUAGCAUACAGCAAUUCCCUGUGCUAGAAAUCCGUAUCACUGAAUACAUUAUACCUUUCCAGCCCUAGAAGUGAAUAUACAUUUUAAGUUUUGUACAUUCCAUUUUUGUAAAUCAGUUUCAUAUGUUUUGUGUAUAGAACAUAUAAAGUCUUGUAUUCUCAAACUGAUAUUGAAAUAUUCUAGCCAUUUGUUCUUCUCUACUCUCCCCCCAUCCUCCUCGAGGACAAAAUACAAACCGUUUGCUUAAGGUCGAGGAUGAAAGAUGUGCGUCAAAAAGCGUUUGUAUGUGUGUAGUUUUAGCUUCAUGUGUGCCGUGGUAUUUUUGAUGCUUUAGCCUACAAUAAAAACUUAUAAAAUUUAAUCCAUCUUGGAAACCUAGGAAAAAUCACUCACAUGUUGUAUUUUACCACACGCAAAAAUUUCAAAUAAUAAAAAUAAAGCUUGCUUCCUCUGUUUA